AUGAAGUCUGAUAACUCAAAAAUUCAUCCUGUUGCGUCUGGAAACUCAAAGGAAAAACGACUAACACUUCCUUUAGCAUUCAUAGAUGAUGAUAAAAGUAUAGAUGAAGAUAUAGUUGAAGUUGGUUCACCAAUUUUGAGUAAACAUAAAUCACUACACGGAAGAAAUUACUUUGAUAUUGAAGAUUUAAAUUAUGCUUUACCAUCCGAUAAGUUGGAGGCUGAUAGAGGAUCUCUAUCGCAUAUAUUAAAUAAGCAUGUUUGGAAAGGUAACUUUCGUUCUCCAAUUGCACAAAAGUUAAAAAAUGGUGGUGCUAAAGUACUUGAUAUUGGGUAA